UAUUUGGUGUACACAUAACAUAUAGUACGCACAUGAAAAUGAAAUAACAAGGAGGAUCAUACAAUCUUGUGAUAUCUUAAUUACAAUGGUACUCUCACUGAUGUAAACAACAACUUUAAGUCGUUUUGAUGACUUCUGAGUAUAAUUUUCCUUGAUUCUGCGCAAGAAAUAUUCAGCCAAUUGCGAGCUUCCUUACGUAUAGCUAUGGCUGUUCAUUUCCAUGUUAUUAUUUUCUUUUGUUUUCACUGACUCUCAGUGGCAAAACAAGCGAAAUCGAUCAGUUGAUGGCAUGAAGAGAUGAACCAUCUCAACCAAAACGGUCAUUUUAACCAUCAUGUAAAGAGUAGAUCCGAGAGGCAGCUAGGAAAAGUUUUACAGCACCAAUCAAGAUACCAUGGGAUAAGACUGUGGAGAUCACAAAUUUUGAUAGUAGAAGAUGGGGACCAUACAAAUGAGACAAUAUUCUGAAACGUCACACAUGAAGGGAUCUCAGCCAGCCUUUGAUGAUGACAGUUUCAUCAACAAAAAACUCCCUAAAGAACUGUUGCUUAGGAUAUUCUCAUUUCUGGACGUAGUGACACUCUGCAGAUGUGCUCAAGUAUGUAAGAUGUGGAAUGUUCUUGCCCUUGAUGGCAGCAACUGGCAAAGAGUUGACCUCUUUGAAUUUCAGAAAGAUGUAGAGGGUCCUGUUGUAGAGAAUUUGUCCAGACGAUGCGGAGGGUUUUUAAAAUCAUUGAGUCUCCGUGGCUGCCAGGUUAUCACCGACAAAUCACUACAGAUAUUUGCACAGCAGUGCCGUAACAUAGAGGCAUUGAUACUGAAUAACUGUAAAGAGAUUACAGAUUUGACAUGUCAGAGCUUAGGGACAUAUAGUCACCGACUGAUGAAACUGGAUGUUAGCUCAUGUACACAGCUCACCGACAACUCUUUAAGUGCAAUCAGUGAUGGCUGUAAGUAUCUGACAUACAUUGACAUAUCAUGGUGCACCAACAUGUCUGAUGAUGGCAUCAUGGUGCUGGCUAAAGCCUGCCCCCGUUUAUCUGUUUACAUGGGUCGGGGACUGACAAAGAUUACAGAUCAUGGUAUUGAACAACUUGCUAUCCAUUGUACCAACCUUAAAAAGAUCAACCUUCACUGUUGUCAGAAUAUAGGUGAUGAGGCUAUAGCAGCCAUAAGUAACCACUGCCUAGGCUUGCAAGCAAUAUGUCUGUCUGAUUGUAACCAUAUCACAGACACUUCAUUGCGAGCACUUGGCACAGGAUGUCACGAUCUUAGGAUGUUAGAAGUCUCAGGAUGUCAGCGCCUGACAGAUAAUGGGUUUUUGUCACUAACAAGAAGCUGUCACCAGCUUGAAAAGAUGGAUCUAGAAGAAUGUAUUCAGAUUACAGAUACAACCUUAGCUCACCUAGCAACCCAUUGUCAUCGAUUAUCUGCCUUGACUCUGUCUCACUGUGAACUGAUAACUGAUGAAGGUAUCCGUCAUAUUGGAACAAGUCCCUCAUCACCAGAGACACUGACAGUUCUGGAGCUUGAUAAUUGUCCUUUAGUCACAGAUAUUGGUCUUGAGUAUCUUAUGAACUGCACAGCCCUUCAGCGUAUUGAACUUUAUGACUGUCAGCUUAUCACACGGGCUGGUAUUCGCAGACUUCGGAAUCGACUGCAGAAUCUGCGAGUGCAUGCCUACUUUGCGCCAGUCACACCUCCUCCAUCUGUAGGUGGAGGACGUCAACGCUAUUGCAAAUGCUGUGUUAUUCUUUGAUAAUGGACUACAGACAACUGCUGUCAAUAUUAACCGUGUGCGGACAACCCUGCCUGCUUUCUGGCCCUUAAGGAGUGCGGGAUACAUCAAGCACAAGCAGAAAUCAGCUACCCCAUUGAUGGGGUCAAUUGAAUGAUCUGGAGUAACAUGUGGGCAGACAUGCCUCGCUUUUGGCUGUGUUUCUCUAGUAAUAGUGUUUAUUGUGUUGCUUGAUAGUUUGAUCCUGAGAAAUUGAGAGGAUCUUGUUAUGGGUUGGUUUGCAUCUCAAAUGAAGUGAAGAUUGGGAAGUUUGGAGUUAAUUCUUCCACUAUAUUUCCAUUUAGCAUUCGCUUUUUUUUUAAAAAUUGGCAAACAUGGAUUUAACAAUAUGCAUCUGUGAUCAGAUAAAGAAAAAUAUUUUUAAGGUUCUCUUUCAAAGUCGUGCAAUAAGAGAAAGUACAAAAUGCAGCUGUGAAUUUCUGAUGGGAGGCCUGCUUUGAUGGCUACAGAAGGUUUUCUUUUUUAAAUGGUAAUGGCAGAUUUUUGAUAUUCAAGUUAGUAGACACUGUCAAAGACUAAGACCAUUAGUCGAGAAACACUUUAAGCCAAAAAUGCAUAAAGUGUUUGCUUUUUAGCAAGUUGCCGAAAUAAUUAGGAAUUGAGAACAUGGCAUCAGUCAUGUAACAUGCCGUGUUCUGCGAACACAAUUGAAGGAAGCUUUGCUCAGGUUUAGGUUCAUAAAUUCCCUUUCAUCCAUCUUUAUCAUGUCCUGUUCUUGUAAGCUUGUUCUCUAUGUCAGACCUUAAAAUCCUUUAAAUGAAUAGGGAAGAAGGGAAAGAUCUGACUAUUCUGUUUGUAUUAUUAAUGUGAUUUUUGUUUGUGAUAGCUCAGAUGAAAUGAUUUUUUUUAAAAGGCUACUGCACAUGAUUUUAAGGAUUUUGUGAUUUGUGGGUAAAAAAAGAACAGACAUGGAUUAAGUUUUUUCAUGUCAUUUCAUGUCUGUCUUUUGUAAGGUGUUUUGUCAUUCAACAAAACAAAACUGCAUAUGUUAAAUAAUCUCAUAUAGUCCAUCCAGCAUUAUGUGAAAUUAAGGAUGAGGUGGUUAAUAGUUCUUUGGCAGGACUUGUUGAUGUUUCUUUGAAACAAACUUUUGCAUUUUAGAGAGAUUCUAGUUAAGACAACAGAAUGACUAACAGUGUUUUCAAUUUAAUAAUGAACAGAUAAAAAUCAGGUGCUGUGAAGUAGGUCAUUGUCAUUGGAUUUGUUGUAACAUAUUUCAACAACCCUUGUAAUUGUUUGCUUAGCAUGUGCUGUCCCUUUGGCCUCUGACCUAGAAAUUGUGAUGUCCAAGACAAGAAAGUUAACACUUUCUCUUUUCAAGCUUAGCCAGAUAAAUACUGUGGACCAUUGGCCAUGCUUAUGUGACUGCAUUUCGCAGGCACAUGUAUGGACUGUUUAUUGUUUAAAAUGGUGUGCCAGUGUGAUACUUCAGUCAGCAACUGUUGAACACACCUUGUUUCCACCAUAGACUUUCAGAUGAGCAAGUUUAAAAUUUGUUUGGAACCUCACGGUAAGAAGUGUUAAGGUGUUGAGAACGUAAUUCAUUCCAAGGCCUAGUAAUAGCGAUGUGUGAUUACUCUAUGACUUUUGUUUUGGGAGAAAGAUUUUGGGAUGGUUGGGGUCUUCUUCACCCUUUUUAUUGCUAGAACAUUUUCACUCACAAUAAAGAUAUCAGUAAACAAAACAGGUAUAGAGGCUCUAGCUAUGAAGUUAAAGGUCUAGCAAAGUGCAAACUAUUUUGAUAUCUGGGCAGAGCUCAGUACAAGACACCAUUUUCUCUUUAUCUGUUCUCAGUAUAUAUGUCUACUAGCAUCAUCGCCCAGAAAGAGGUUAAAAAAGUUUUUAAAAAAACCACACACUUAAUAGAAAUGCACAUAGAUGUGCUUACAUUGUCAAGGCUUCAUCAUUGAAAGAUCUGGAGCUCUAUGUUAAUAAAGCAUCUCUAUAGACAAUUGUGCAUAACAAUUUGACCUUUUUCUGGCCUUAACUAUUGUGUUAAAGCGUAUCUUUAGAAUGAAGGUGAGUUAUUCAACCACAUUGAGAGAAAUAUUACCUUGCACUGAGCUCAGUCCAGUUAUUAAAAAAAAUGUAUGCUUCAUACUAGACCUUUAGUGCGCUCAACUUUAGAAGUUUUGAGGCAGCUUGAGUAGCUGAAGAACUCCCAUUGUCCACCCAGCAGGUGUUGGGUACCUUGCCUUUCAAUGAAGGUAAAAUGAGAAAAAAUAAGCUUAUGUUGCAGGAUCCACUUGCUGUGCCCUAGACACUUUGAAAGUGGGCCUGUCUACCAUUACAUUUUUUAAAUGAAAAAAAUGAUCAACUGAGUAAACUUGAAGAUAAUAUUUAUCCCUUGAACAUGGAUGGCUGCAUAAAAUAUAGUUAAGGUAUGUUUCUUUUGAAAGCCACAGGGCGAGAUAAAACUCAACUGUAUUUGCCAGAAACCCUGAGUGCCAUAAUGACUUCCCAAGUAGUGGGCUUCGGGAACAUACCUGAAAUUUUCCAUGCAAAGCUUUGUGUCAUGUUUGCAUGCAGCAGCCUUUGGUGGUGCCUGGUUAUAGUAGAGUUUUGCAUAGUGGACAUAGUGAAUGGGUAGAUUGUACUUUGUGAACAUUAUAUUUAUUGUUUUUAACAGCUAAUGCAUGUUUUUGGUUUUUUUUCAUCAUGCAGCUUGUAAUAUUUUCUUUGACUCUAUUACAGUAUCUGUGUUACAGUAUCUCAUAAAAAUUAAUCAUAAAAACAAAGGUGCCAAUGGAAGAUGACUGUUUUCUUCUUGAGAUGUUCAUAUGUAUGCAGUUCACAUUAACAAAGUCUAGCAAUUUUUAUGUUGCUUGUGACAUAAUUCUUAAGUUGAUUGAAUGAGUACAGAUGGUUUAUUUCUAUUAACAACAAUUAAAUCAUAUUUGUUAUAAACCAGCCCUCACACAUUACUAAUGCUGAUAAGUGGAAGAAUUUGAACAGAUGCACUUGGAUGUGUACUUAAGAGCCCCCACAUGAAAGAUAGCAAGGAACACAGCAAUGUUUGAUGUUGCAUGGGCAUUACCUUGGCUUCUUACCAUUGUGCUAGCUAUACUUUAGGAUUCACACUGACAAUCCUAUUACUCUAAAGCAGAAAGUCAGAAAUCAAGGGAUUGACAACCAAUGCCAGCAAAAGGAAUUAAAUUCCAGAUGCAUGCUGUUCACUUGUGAAAAAUAAACUUACCAGCAAUGCAAAGUCUACCUAUUCUGUACUUGAUGUUGAUCUACCUGAUUUCUUUGGUGCAUCAGCUUCCCAGCAGCCUGCCGGUUUGCAGCAUCCUUGUGAGGUUCAUUUUUGUGACAUUUCAGUAUGUUUUUGAACUGGUAUUAACAUGUUACCAAUUAUGGUGAUUGGCUGUUAGCAAAUGGUUUGCUUUUUUAUGUAUUGUUUACAUGUGUCGCAGUUCACUUUGGUCUGGGUGAAUGCUUACAAGUUAAAUGACUAAAUAUUUUCAUAUAACAUGUGAAAAUGCUUCGCCAUUGUGAGUGAAUAUAUUGUACUGAUUAUUGUACUUUCUGGAUAACAUUAAUGCUCUCAGGAUUAUAGUGGAAUGGAUCUAUAUGCUUUCAGCAUCUUCAUUUUCUUCCUCUCAUUAGUUCCUAUAUCUGCUCUGAGAAAGCAUGGAAAAGGUGAUAGCAUGAAUGGGGAUGUCUGUCUCACAUAAAAUUACAAAAAUACAUAGUAGAUGAACAUUAAUUCUAUAGCUAACCAUCAAAUGCAGAAUCAUAUACAAGAGUAGAUUGUUAUCAUAAGUUUCACAAAAGUGAUGACGAAAAAAAGAGAUAUUUCUUGAUUUAUACAUGGCAUUUGAUUCAGUGCUGCUGCAGCAGUAAAGUGCAUCAGCAUUUAUUGUUAAACUUAAUUCGCAUGAAUUAAUAUUUUUCUAUGCCAGCAUUUUAUCUAGCCUGAAAUACUUGCAUGAGAUGGUGUAGCUGAAAGCUGGUUUCCAAGUACGCAUCAAUUUCUUCAGUUUCCUUGAAAGUGGUAUUGUAAGGUAACACUAUGUAUAUUAGCUGAUGUAUUAGUCAGAUAUGAUAUUUUACCAGAACCAUUUAAGCAAUUAUGUUCUUUUUAAUGUGUAAAAUAGAAACAAGUCUGCUUGUGGUUUAAAAAAGAAAAUUGAAAUUUUGAUAGAAAUGUGGAACAGUUUUCUUUUGUUACCUAGAUGGGAAAUUGUGUGUCAGAAAAAGCAAGAGAAUAAUUUAUGUAAAUGGUGCGUAAUAGCAUGAAAUCGAUGGUGUUGAGAUUAGAACUUCUUAAGUGUCAAGUGCGACAGACUCGUCAGCUGCACAUGACCCACAUUCAGAAGCUUUGUUUAGAAUUGAAUAGCAGUCAUUUGGUCUGGCUAUGUUUCAGAAUAUUAAUGUUAAUCGAAAUUCAUUCAGUUUUGAACAUCAUAUGCCAUUAUUCUGAGAUAGCAAUCCCUUAGCUUUUAAACAAAAACCAUGAAAGCUUUAAUGUAUAUCAUAACUUGAAGGUAACCAACAAGUGUAAAAGUUACUUUUGUACAAGCGAUUUUUUUUAAAUUUUUUUUUUGAGUAUUUGGUCAGGAUAGCAACAGCAGUUGAAAUAAAUCUCUAUUUAAGUGUUUGAAGGGCUGCUUAAAGCAGUUUUAUCUGCUUCUAGUUUUUGUUGAUGUUUUAUAUAUGGAAUUGUAUCCUUGCUCAGAGCUUUUGGGAGUGAUUUUGCCACCGUACUCCAUAGACUACUUUUAGGCUGAAAGUGAUAUCAGAACGAGAACAGCGUUUUUCCUUUUUUUUUUUUUCUAAAAGGGAAGUCUCAGAUGACUUUGUAGUUUUUAAUUUUUAUCCAGAACACAUUCCGUUGAUUUACUUCUAACUGAACACAAGCCUUUCUUUUUUUAUUAUGUAACUCUACUUCGUAUCAGCCAAAAUUAAACGUCCGCCCUAUAUAUCCGUUGAGGAAUAAGCGAAGUGGAAGUAUUUACCACGUGAAGGAAAGACUUUUGUAGUUUUGACAAAGCCUGUCAACAGUGAAGGCUGGGCACUGGUGGUGAUAAAGAUGAUAUCCAGAAAUCAAGCACCAUGGCACAGGCGCCGUUCUUAAACAGGUCACUCGCAGGUACUUUAAGCUGCUGAAUUCCUAGAGUCUUUGGUUACUCAUGGGUGUGCCUAUAUUUGUGUGUGUGUGAGAGAGAGGUGAUGGUGGGGGAGGGAUAAUAAUGAAUGGUGGAAUUUUUAUCUUUCUUUGCCCUGUAGUCAGACGUUAAAGUCUAUAACUACAUACUCAAAGACCGAAACGCAAACCGCACGGGAGGGGGGAGGGGGAGGGUAAAGGGGGUGAAAAAUGCGGUACAAUGUGUGAUGCACAUGUCUUUCAUUGUGGUAAGUUUCAGAUGUAAGUACAUCGCCGUGUAAAUACGGUGCAGUUUCUGUCGGUUUCCAACAUAUUGUUAAGCGCCGUGCCCGUUCCUCAGUAACAGGCCUUUGAUAUUUUACAGUUUCUAUCCAUUCUUAACGCGUUGGGCUUGCCACUGAAAGAUCUUUUAAAAGUGGAAUUGCCAGCCUUUGAUGUUCUCUUGUUUGACAGGCAAAUGCGGUCACAUAUAAAGAGUAUUUUUCUUGAAGCCUUGCGUGCAACCAAAUCAAGCAUUUUACUAUUUUUAUUUAUUAUUAUCAAAGUAGGAAAAUGAUUUUCGUCGUUAUAAUGGUGUACAGUUUAAUGUUAUGUGCAUGGGCGAUGAAGCGAAAAUGACAGUUGCCGUUAUCAUUUAGUUUUGCUAGCUUUGGGUAUGGCUGUGGAUUUGCAUGGAGAUGUAGGACUUGAGAGUGGGUGAUGCCGAAAUGUGCGUUGAGGUGUAGAAAGUGUUCAUGUUGAUGAUUGUGUCGCUUUUCUUUCAGCAGUAGAUGAUUGAUAUAUAAAUUGGCUUUGCUACUACUGUUUGUGAACUAAAGACAGCUGUACGGCUGUUUUUAUCUUUGGUUUUUGUUUUUUUGUUUUUUUUUUGGGGGGGUCAACUUUAAUAAUAACGGAUUUAAAAUGAAAGUGGUUUGUGCAUUGAAUGAAAUGGAGUAAACACGCGAAGAAAGAUGGUGCACCAAAAUGGUUUUAAAGUCAUUUUUUUCCCCAAUUGGGGAAAAGCAUAGAUUUUGAGAGAGAAGUUGAUGACAUAAUAACUGUACCUGUGAUUGUUAUAGUUAAUUGUUUUAGCUAAUUACUGAAAUAAAACUUUACAGGUUACUACUACAUAUCCCGGUAUUGUAACAAAUCUCUAGGCAGUCUUUACAUAUUUGCAUGACUUAAAAAUAUAUAUGUUGCUAUUAGAAAGUAACAGACUUUGUCGAUGCUGAAAUAUAAGUGAUUUGUAUACUUAAGUGCUUUUUUUUUAAAGUUCGAGUGAUUUCCUGAGAAAAUACAGUUAGUGUACAGCUUUAAUUAUGCCCAUGCAUCAUUUCAUAGAAUAUAUUAUUAAUAAAGGACAUCGACUGGCCAACACAACUAUUCAUAUUCUUAUCCUUUUAAUGCCUGUAAAAAGGCAAGCAGACCAUUCGGAAUUAAUGUAUCCUUUUAUGAAUUGAAAAGAGAAAAGAUGCUUAUGCGAUCUACCCUAGACCAAGAAUUUUUAUCAUCGAAGCUUGCGGUGAACACUUCCGAAUUGUUCAUUCUUCAACGUUGACCGUUUCAUCGCUAUAGUCAGGCUGGAAACGAACAUUGCACUUAUGUACUGGUCAGUACAAGAACAUUCGCCUUUGAGUUUUAUUGGGAAAAAUCUCUGUUUAUAUCUGUGUAGUGUUCAGUAGAAAAAGAAAUCACUUCAUUGCCCCGUGCUUUGAAAGAGAGCUCCUUGUACCAGGUAUAGUAGUUUAUAAGUAAACUUCCUGCGAAUAUCUUCUUCAUUAAAUCGGGAAUUUCAUGUUGCCAGUGAAUUUUAUGUACGGCAGAGGUGGUGUCAUUCAUUCGCAGCUGUUUGAGUUCAAGAUAAGGGCAUAUGCAGUAGGAAAGGCCAAGAUAGUGGAUUCGGCUGUCUUAGAUCAUCAUAGUUUCAUCAUAGCUGCCCCAGGCUUUUAAAUACUUUCUUGCAGCCAACUCAUCUGUAGUUGCUUCUGGCUCCUACACCCAACUGACUUUUUAAAACACACUUUUUUCUAGUCCUGCAAGUUGCCUUAAGUAUUCUAAACACAGGAUUGUGGAACCACAUUGUCUCCUUGUCUCCCACCCCAACCCCACAAAAAUCUCAUUUUAGGUGGUAUAAUAUUUCAGCAAGCUAUUAGGAUGUACUAGGACAGAUAUUUCAUAUUAAAUGAAAGAAUUGAAACAGUCGCAUGUUCUUAGGGGCCAUGAAAUUUGUUAAGCUUUACCUGUGUGUUGAUAUUCGUUGAAAUUUUAAAUUUUCUUUGUUAAUUUCGAAUUUGAGAUAAUGUCGAAAUUCUUUGUUACCACACAGCUGUCUUUGUUUAAGAUGGGCAACUCUUUGACACACGUGACACUUGACUACUCGUCUGUGAGUUGUGAGCAAGCUCUGAGAAACUCCUUCUGGAGAAGUGGCCCAUCGUCCGGCGCUCUGUGCUUUCCACUCAAGCGUCCUCAUUCCAAAGCCAAACAGCCGCAUGGUCACAGUAGUUUUCUGUAGUGACAUUUUGUCUUGCCAGAGAGCUGCUUUUCUGCUUUUCAGGGCACGUGACGGACAAGAGCAAUUUUGAUGGGCGCAGUCCUGUUGGAGGUAUUUGCUCACAAUGCUGUACCGCCAAGACAUUUCGUCCCCUGGGCAGCUUUUUAGUUUUCUAUGAUCGUAGUUGGCAAUUUGUUUUUUAUUUCAUCUCCACUCUUCACUAGUGAGACGGUAACAAUUGCUCAGAAACUGGUAGCUGCCUUCUUUUUCUUUUUCUCUCUCUUGCUUAAACUGUCAUUUGCCGUGGUCAGCUAACGGUUGUUUAAGGUUUAAUGCCUUCUAUACCAGAAGGCACUGAACUGUGAAUUCCACGUGCUGACAUUUUCAUGGGUUCAGCUCUCAGUUCAGAGCUAAUAGGUCGCACACAAAAAUCGGUUCUCGUGAAAUUUAUCCACUAGGACGACAAAGAAGAGUGGCAUUUGGCUGCAACCGAGUGAGGAUUUCAGCCUUGUUUUUAAGAGUGUAUUUAUCUCUCAUGGGUUGUUACAAAAGUUCUAGAAAUAUUUGUUAUGUACCUAAAGUUACUGGGUAGGGGCGGGCAUUACUCGGUGGGUGAUGGAGGAGUUUAAAAAAAUCAGGAAACUAAGAUGGAGAAACGAGUGAUAAAGUUUGUAUUCUUGACCAAGGAAAGGAAAAAAAGAAAGAUUUAGAAAUCUGUUAAUGACUAGUUACCUCACAAAAACAACACUUUGGUGUAUAUUUUGUUAGGCAACAUUGUUGGCCUGGGUUUUAUCUCGAAUGGCCUGUGCGUGUUUCAUGGCGGGUAUCUGACCGCUAUUGAAGGCGUGGUACAGUACAGCUGUACUGGCUAUAUUUUAUUUUCAAAAGUCCUUUUCUUUUGAGUGAAAACCAAGACGUGGGACUGUUUCUUGUGAAGAUGUUAAGUGCAUAAAAUAUCACUUGCAGAUGUAAUUUACAGGAUCUGCUGUUCGCAGCUGUCAUAACCCAUUGUAACAGAAAGAGAAAUUUUUCUCAUUUUGGGGCUUUUGCUGUGUUCAGUCAGCGAGUACUCGUAAUCCUAAGUUUAAAAGCCAAAGGCGAACGAAAUAAAUAAAAUAUAAUUAAGCCUUUCAUUCUUGCUCUAGUCCGGCGUGUAUUAGCUUUUUGAUGUGCGGAAUAACUUGCUGGAGUAUGAAUGAGCCAGGUUGUUUAUGAUAUACUCAUCUGGUAAACAUUGUUUAUACAAAGCUAUUGUAUCGGUUGCUAUGUGUUAAAUGAAUAAGCCUUGUCUGGGGUGUGGAGCACGAGAUGGACGUGCAGUGUGCGUGCCUGCGUGUGUGUGUGUGUGCGGGCGUGAAAGCGGGUUUGUGCCUGUGAGCAAACUUUAGUUAAGUUGCAAUUUUGAUUCUUUCAUACAGUUAUUAAGCCUUUUUCACUGUAUUUGAUUAUGUACUCUAAAAUGAGUUUCAAUAUGAUUAUUUUAUAUUUUAUGACAAAUAUUCUAAUAAAGACGAUGGUACUGUGA